AUGGGCAUCGAAGGAGCCUCCCCAGCCAUGGCUCCAACUUCAGGUUCGGCAGAAUCACCAGGAGGAUUUGCGUCGGGUCCUUCAGUUGGCAGAGCGAGCGAUGCACCAAGCACUGUUGCACCUUAUUCUCUUUUUCUCAAUCUUAUAAUUUUCCCAAUAGCUUUUUCACUUCAUAUCUACCACUGA